AUGAUCCAAUAUCUCCUUUCCUUCGAUUUGGUGCUAGAUAGCGGGCCGACGGCCAUCAGUCACCAUACUACCGACGUUCCCCGCAGGUACGGAGAGUUCGGCCGGCACGGUGCCCUCGAAGAACCCUCGCAUACCGGGGUUCUUAUCGAGAAACCCCUCAUACCGGGUUUCUCAAUAGAAUUAUCCUUGGGUGUCGGAUGGGGACAAUUCACGAUUGGCAACGGAGAGCGGAGCAGCGCUGCAACCGCUUACUUGGCACCGAAGUACCUCAAGCGCAGGAAUCUUCACGUCUUAAUUAACCAUCGCGUUACCAAGCUCCUCCAGACGGGGCAUGAUGGCGGGCACGUUCCAACCUUCCGCACUGUCGCUUUCCAGGAAGAGAUGAACCCUUCUGCUCCGAUCCAGGAGAUUACGGCCAGGAAGGAAGUCAUCCUAUCUGCAGGUGCCAUUGGAACACCCCAGGUCCUGCUUCUAUCUGGAAUUGGUGACGCUGCGGAGUUGGAAAAACUAGGGAUCCAGCCCAAAGUCGAUCUCCCCAGUGUCGGGAAGAAUCUGACGGAACAUCCAUUCGCUGCAUUGUUUUGGAAACUGGGUAUCAACGGCACCUUCAACUCUUCUGCCGACCCCACUUUACCUGACCAAUGGUUCCAGGAGUGGCAAAACUCACGGACUGGCCCGCUGACCUACACUCACGGCAAUGCCGCUGCCUGGACUAGACUUCCCGACGACUCCCCAAUCUAUAGUCAACAUCCCGAUCCCUCUUCUGGAAGCAAUACGCCGCAGUUUGAGCUUUACAUCGCCGGUUAUGGACUGUACCCUAUUCCGGGACCGCUUAUGGUCGCUGGUGCCAUCAUCGUCCAACCCGGCUUAGAAUCCCGUGGAUCAGUCAAACUUGCUUCAACCAGCGUCGACGAUCAACCACUCAUCGACCUCGGUAUGUUGAAAUCCGAGUUUGACUGGUACGGCCUUCGAGAAACCAUCAGGGCGACCAGGCGGUUCUUCAGCGCUCCGGCAUGGGAGAGUUAUAAGCUUACGUUGGAGCCACCUUUCAAUACGGAUGUCGAUGAAGAACUUGAUGAGGCCAUCAAAGCCACGGUCAACAGCGGCCUGCAUCCCGUUGGAACUGCGUCCAUGUCCCCGAAGGAUGCGCAGUGGGGUGUUGUGGAUCCCGAUCUCAGAGUGAAGAAGGUGAAGGGGUUGCGUAUCGUAGACGCGUCGAUUAUGCCGUAUAUCGUGGCGGCCCAUACCCAGGCUGCUGUUUAUGCCAUUGCAGAGCGCGGCUCCGACCUCAUCAAGCAUGCGUGGAAAUGA